CUCACACAUCCACACAUCCGUCAUUCAUCAUGCGUCUCCAUCAUGAACCCGCCACUUGCUCCAUCAACCAUCACCACAUCAUCUUCCCUGAGAUCGUCACUGUACUCGUAUGGCGGUGCAGGUCCCGUCUCAGCGAUGUAGGGCGGCUCCUGAGUGGGCAGGUGUGCCCACUGCUUCUUCAACUCGAUGUAGGGCUCGCAGUACUGGUAGCACUCGGGCCGGUAGUACGGCAGCCACUCGUGCUUGUGCAAACCGUCACCCAACCAAGGCUUCCUCUUGCCUGCAUUGUCCACACAUACAUGCAGCCCAGCCCCACACAACAAACACGAUGAUCAGGAUAAGAGCUGUCUCCGUCUGCCUGUCUAUCUGUCAGCUUACCGUUCCAGUGGAGCAAUUUGCCGGUGGCGCAUGACCUGUUGAGCCACUCGGUGUCCUCGCCACCCAGGUUCAAGACGUGCCACCUGGCGGGCAGCUCCUCCACUAGCCGACGGCUGAACAAAAUGUUCAGCGGGAUCUGACUCGACUCGGCCGUCGACAUGCCCGUGAACGUGGUCCCGUUGUGCUGCCGCAGCCACUGGAUGACAAUCUCAGCGUCCUGCGUGAGGUUCUUGGCGCGCCACAGAUCCAAGUUGGCCACAAACACACCAGCAUUGAAUAUCCCUCUGGCAUGGCAACGAAGGGACGAAAACAGGCAGAUGACAUGUCUGUGGUGCAAGUAUGAGCCUGUUGAAUCCGAUGCCGAGAGCGGCGAUGAUGUCGUCAAAAGCGUGGGCCAUCAAUCGACCGAACCUUGAAAUUGCCCAGACAGCCAGACAACACAUUGUGUAGUCGGUGCGCGUACAUGUCUCUCCCUCUCUCUGUGAUUUUGUGUGUUACUUCCAUUUUUCCCCCGGUCUUCUCCUGGCUGCGAUGAAGGGGUACUCUUCCACCUUCCGCCCGUUGGGCUUCUUGUGGAUCAGCUUUUUCUGUGCAUCCAAAGUCAUAUGUAACGCAGGAAUGACAUCCCCACGCCUUUUCUUCUUACCGUGAAGACAGAUCGGUGGAGGUCGAUGACGUCGCCCUUGACGAUCGUGUCAACAUCGAAGUGAAGCGCCUAUUAUCCACACAGGCGAAUAGAGCAACAAUGCCCUUGCCGUGGUGUGCUGAUGGUGACCAGCUGGAGGGCCCAACCUACCUUGUGUACGUGAGGCGGAAGGAGCUCAGUGAGGUAGAAGCGGACGUAGUUAAAGACGACCUGCAUCUUGUCUCGAGACGCUGACGUCCCGGCGAUGCUCACGUCGCUCGUGUUGAUGCCGUGCAGGUCAAUCGUGAAAUCCUGAUGGACAAAUCAGCCACAGAGACACCCAAAUGACUGGCACCCAUCCCUCCGUUGUGUGACCGCGUACCUGGUCGAAUUGGUGGCAUUUGAUGGCCUUGGCAAGGCAGUCUAGGUGCGUGUCGUUUCGCUCCACGAACGCGUGGACCACCACACGCGAGCGGUUCCUGCCGAAGACACCGAGGGCCCAUACACACACAUCUGUGCCUCCACAGACAUGCACCCGUACCUGGUGUUGGUAUGGAUCGAGUUGAUGCACGCCAAGAGCGGCUGACACAGACCACCACAAGGAAAAAAAGAACAAGAGCAGUGUGCCGAUCUCUCACUGAGUCACCUUGUAUUGCUGCCCGUCUGCCGGCAGCACCACAUGGACCAUCUGCUCGGCGAGGAAGUCCGGCGACAGAGGGGCGGCCGUGGUGACACCCAUGCUGGGACUCUGAGGCCGCAGAUGAGCAGGCCCCGGUGUCCUUCCUGGACGGGCCUGCUGAGCCAACGGCACAUCGGCCAUUUUGCGGGCAGGCGCACGGUGGCUUUGAAGGAUCCGUUGCUGACGGUGGUCGCGUGGAUAGUGAUCUGCAUUGGGAAACGAGGGUGCGAACGGGGUGUUUGCUGGUCCAGAUCUUUGCUGCUGACCUUUGAUGCCCGUGAGUGCGAUGUGGUCGCGGUGCUCGUGUCGUUGGUGCAGCUGCAGCCGCCAGAAUGUCCAUGUGUUGAUGCAGGCCACAACAAACGCCGACACCACAACUGAUGGACGAAACGCAGUGCGGAUGGAAACAACUCUUCUUUUGUGCUCAUUGCGGCUCACCAAGGAGGACGCAGUGCUUCCGGACCAUCAGGUGAC